UAGGGUGGGACCCUGAGGAGUUACGCAUGCGUGGCAUGAGAGUGACGCUGUGACGCGUGCGUUCUCUGGCUGCUGGGGCCAGAUGCUGGGAUGUGGGGGGCGAGCGCGCAGUCCUGGUCCCGAGUGAAUGAAUUACUGGGACAGAAUAACCCACUCGAGACUCGGUUUCCUUUUCUGCACAAUGUGACUAUUACGAAUACUUGGUGCCUUUGUUUGGUUGUUUGUUUGCUUAAGCUGCUAAUGCUUCUUGUGCAGGGAAUAUCCUGCGAGGGUCUCAGAGAGCCCACCUUUGCCUCGGGCCUUUGGACUGGUUCCUAGGGCGCAGUGUUUGGAGAGGAAGAGGAAAGAGCCGGCCUAGCUAGCCACCGAGCCUUCUGCCCCUCACACACUCGGGAUCCCCGUUCUGAAUUUGAUACUCGCUCAUUUGUUGUGUGCAAUGACACAAUAUCUUGAAACCAUGGAAGACUGUGUGCCCGCCGAAAGUCUGGGACAAGUUUAAGGAGAGAGAGCUCUUCCCUCCUCCACUCAACAGAAAAUGAACAAGUCCCAGGAGCAAGUGUCAUUCAAGGAUGUGUGUGUGGAUUUCACCAAGGAAGAGUGGUAUUUGCUGGACCCUGCUCAGAAAGGGCUUUACAGAGAUGUGACCCUGGAGAACUAUAGCAACUUUGUCUCAGUAGGGUAUUGUGUUACUAAGCCAGAUGUGAUCUUCAAGAUAGAGCAAGGAGAAGAUCCCUGGAUACCAGAAAACGGAUUUCAAUGUCACCCAGAAAGGAAAUGGAAAGCGGAUGACCUGUUGGAGAGCAGCCAGGAAAACCAAGAUGAACAUUUUUGGCAAUUCAUGCUCACCAACAAGAUCAUACAUGUAGAGGGUGGCGGUAGCACAAGAAAAACUUCCAGUCUAGAAAUGGACCCCGUUUCAAGAAGUUUGCUGCUCAAAAUAUGUGACUCGUGUGACAUGAAUUUAAAGAAUAUUUCAGGUGUAAUUAUUAGUAAAAAGAACUGUUCCAGAAAGAAGCUUAAUGAGUUUAAUAUAGGUGAGAAACCACUCCCUAAUAGUCGACAUGAGAAAAUUCCUAUAGGAGCAAAAUCAUGUAAAUAUAAUGAGAAAAGGGGUGGCCUCAGCCUUUGCCAGGAUCUCACUCAGCCAAUUUCUUAUCAGCCCUUGGAGUAUAAUGAAAACGGACAAGGCAUCCACGAGGAAGUGGCUCUUUGUCCGAAUCAGUACUCUGAGCUCAGGGAGAUGCUCUAUAAACAUACUGGCUGUGGAAGAACUUUCGUUGACACUAUGAAGCUCAGUGUGUCUCAGAAAACUCAUUUGCAUAUGGAGCCACAUGAAUGCAGUAUUUGUAGAAAGUCCCUUUAUGUGGAUUUACAGUUUGGACAUCAGAGAGCUCUUCCAGGAAACAGUCCUUAUGAGCGUAGUGAAUAUGAGAAAAUCUUCUGUGAUGGUUCAGCUUUCAUUGUUCAUCAGGAAGCUUACACAAGAAAGAUUGCCCAAGAAUAUAAAGCGAGUAGCAAAACUUGGGGAAAGUCAGCUCUCUUUAAACACCAGAUAGUACAGAUGGCAGGGAAACCCUAUGAAUACCAUGAAAAUGGGAAAAUUUUCAGCAAGAAAUCACAUCCCACCCAGUCUCGAAGAGCUCACUUGGGAGAGAAAACCUUUGAAUGUGGUGAGUGUGGUAAAAUGUUUUGGGAGAAAUCAAACCUCACCCAGCACCAGAGAACACACACAGGAGAGAAACCCUAUGAAUGUAGCGAGUGUGGGAAAGCCUUUUGCCAGAAACCACACCUUACCAACCACCAACGAACACACACAGGAGAAAAACCCUAUGAAUGCAAGCAGUGCGGAAAAACGUUCUGUGUCAAAUCCAACCUUACCGAACAUCAGAGAACACACACGGGGGAGAAACCCUAUGAAUGUAAUGCGUGUAGGAAAUCCUUCUGCCACAGGUCAGCCCUCACUGUCCACCAGAGAACACACACAGGGGAGAAACCGUUUAUAUGCGGUGAGUGUGGGAAGUCAUUUUGUGUGAAGUCAAACCUGAUUGUGCAUCAGCGAACUCACACAGGGGAGAAACCCUACAAGUGUAACGAAUGUGGGAAAACCUUCUGUGAGAAAUCAGCUCUUACUAAACACCAGAGGACUCACACUGGGGAGAAGCCCUACGAGUGUAAUGUGUGUGGGAAGACCUUCAGUCAGCGGUCAGUGCUCACCAAACACCAGAGAAUUCACGCAAGGAUGAAGGCCCUUGCAGCAUCCUGAAUGUUCUUCACCUUUCUUAUGCCUGCCAAGUUGGUUGUACAGUUUUAAAAAUGAGCUUAGAGACUGCCAAAGAAUACCACAGAGUACUAGAAAAUGCCAUUUUGUUGAAAUACAUGAAAGCUUUCAAGAAAAUAAAAACCUUGAUUAAGAAAGAUUGUAUUGAAGGGAAAUCAUUCAUAUAAACAAUAUGGUUUUUUUAAAAAGCCUAUAGAGUUUAAAUUGUGUAAUGUCUUCCAAAUGUGUUUCAAAAUUUUAUUUUAAAUAGAAUGGAUAACAUUAAUUUUUCUUGUAUUCAUAAGGGCGAGUGACAAUAGCAUUAAACAUAUGUGUAAAGGACAUGUGACAUUUUAAGACCUUGUGUGAGUAUAAAUGUAAUAUUUAUGUCAUUUAGGAAGUGUUUGAUUUAUGUAUUGGAACCCAAUAAGGAUGUGAGGAAAAAAAUAUGAACUAGUGUAAUAACUGUUAUGGUAUACUUUCCAUACUAAGUACCACCAGUGUCAUUGUAGGCUGAUAAGAUUAUGUAUGUUUAUGAGCAUAUGUGUGAAUGUGGGCCUGUAUGUGUGUAUAUGUAAAUAUAUUUAUAUGCAUGAACCUAUAUUUCAUGUGGAAAUUCUUGCCUCACGUUGGGCUCCACAUGUGGACCAAAUUUCUGUCCCACCUGGUCCUGUUUCCAUUUAGUCCCUAAUAAACACACAAAGGCAUAUAUUAGUUAUAAAAUCUUUGGCCAAUGGGUUAGGCUUCUUUUUUUUU